AUUCCAAUCCUAUUUCCCAUUCAACCACUAAGUUCUGGUGAAAUGGGUUCUCAUUUAUAUUGAAGAAUUUUGGGGACUGAAAAUGGGAAAUGAGAUGGGGAACAAUAACACAACCGGUCUCAGAGAAGAAGAGAACAGCAUACUGCCCGAGCCGCCAGGGAAAUCCUCACCAGGCUCAUCAUGCGAGGACGACAAGAUUGUAGAAAACCAAUUGAUAUCAAUGGGCAAAGCCGACGAUCUCCAUGGAGAGAUUAAGUCACAGGGAAAUACUGACGUUAGUGAGAAGAAAUCAGAGAGAAGAGAGCAACCAGAAGCACCUCCGCCGGAAGCUGUAAAACUAGGAGUAGGAGAAACUGAGGAAGGUGGCAAUGAAACCACUCUUCUGACUGAGAAUUCUGGAAAUGAUGGAAGCUUGCUGGGUGAUGAUGUGCGGGUUGAAACCGACCAUCAGUUUGAAAGUGAGGAUCUGUCUACUAAAGAUGAUCCGAAGCUCGAAACGCCUGUAGACUGUAAAGGUGAUCCCAAGGAGCCCACGAUUACACUGGAAAGAGUAAAUGACAUCUGCCGAGAAUCAAACCUGAUGGAAAAUGGUAACAUGCAAGAGUCUGGAUACUCGAGUAAUGCCACUGCAGAUUUUGCUGCGGAAGCCAUCCUACAAUCCUCAAAGGGAGCCGAGGAAAUGGAUCUGGAGAGUAAUGAAAUUCUCCACCAAGAAGGUAAUCAGAUGGAAAAUGUGACCGUGAGUCUAACUCUGGAAUUUCCAAAUGGUAAAGGAGGAAUACUGGAAGAGAUCAAAGAGUCCGGAUACUCAAGCAAUGUCAUCACAGGUUUUGCUCCGGAAGCCAUCCUAGAGUCCUCACAGAGCACCGAGGAAAUGGAUCAAGAAAAUAAUGAAGUUCUCCACUCUGAAGGUAAUCUCAUGGAAAAUGCGACGGUGAGCCUUGCAUCAGAACUUCCAGAUGGUAAAGAAGGAAUAUCAAAAGAGAUGAAAGAGUCUGGAUACUUGAGCAACAUGAUUGGCGAUUUUGCUCUGGAAGGUAACCUAGAGUCCCCAAAGAGAACCAAGGAAAUGGAUCUGGCAAAUAAUGAAGUUCUCCAUCUACAGGAUAAUCAGGCGGAAAACGUAUCGGUGAGUCGGACAUCAAGAUUUCCAGAUGAUGGAGGAAUAUCAAAGGAGAUAAAAGUGACUGAAUCGGAGAGCAUCGGGAAAUUGCAUGAAGAGGAGGGUGAUACUGAUGGCCAGAAAGGGCUCAUCGAUGAAGUGAAGGCAGCCUUGGGAAGUGAUGAAUCAAAUCAUCAACCUCAGUGUGAUGAGGUUCUUUGUCUUGAUUGUGCCAAUAAUGAUGGUAACACCUCAACAGAUAUUCGCCUGUUUCACUGUGUGAAUCACAAACAAUGUCAGGUCGAGGCAGACAUUGUUGCUGAGAAUGGUUUUCGAGUUGAUGCCUCUAGUGAGGCUUCUGGGGCUGUGAUUUUGGAUAGUGACUGCGAGGAGGAUGAAUCAACAGAGAGAUUUAUUCUGCUGGCCAAGCAAGGAGCAGUAGAAGCUCCGUAUCUCGUUGGUGUUGAAGGGAAAGAAAUUGCCGAGCCAUUCGUUCCAUGUCCCGAAGCCAAGCAAUAUGAUGAUGAAGAAAGCCAAAGUUCUGCUACGUCCAACUCCACAGACCUGAAAUCUGAAGCCUCUGUCUCAGACUUUGAGUUCGAGAAACCAAGGAUAGAUCUCGCAGAAUGUCCUGGAACAUCUCUUGGUUUCAUAAUAGAGACCAAGGCCUUGGAGAAUGGUGAUGGAAGUCAAUCCACAAUAAUCCAACUCUCGGGGAUUUUAAAUGGUGAGCAAGAAGCAGAGGAAGCUAAGGAGAGGCUCAGCUCAGUUUCGGAUUCAGGUAGUAUGAACGGCGACAUUUUUCCCAAGAUGCACAAAUCUCCGAGCUUUGGCCUUGAUGUCCAACCGGAGUCGGAUCAGACCCCACUGCUGUUUCAGGAUAAGGCAGAGAUUAGUAUCCCCACACCGCAGGAGAAGGCUGCAACGGUGGAGAGGAGCGACUCCGAGAUGUCAAAAGCUCCAUUCCUCAGGUCCAUGAGCCGAGAAGAAAAUGAAGAGCAAGAGCCUGGCAUUGCUGCCACGCCGCUGAAGCAAGACAAUCAUAGGGGUAAAGAGAAGGUAAUCACGAGAGGAAAAGCAAGGAGAAAGCUCAGAUCUUCGCUCUUCGGGAAGUGCAUGUGUUGUGGCACCGUGAUCAACUAAAAUAUCAGCCGGUUUGAUCAUAUUCAGUUUGAUUUUUUUUUCCUUUCAUUUGUUUCGGCAGGGAUUUACGUUUCUACUGUCCAUGAAAUGGAAGAAGAGAGAGUCGCGGGGUGUGCUUUGUCACGAUAUGUUCUGCUAUACUUCAGCAGAGAGAGCUUGUGCAAGUAGUUUUUGGUCUCAGGAUUUGGCUUUCCCAGACUUACGAGAAUUUGCAGGAAGUCGAAAACUUGAAACAUCGAUCGAGUCUUUGUGUGAUACAAUCCCUUCAUAUUGGUCCUUCAUUCUCCUCUCUCCUCCUUAUCCAUUGGCUCCCAUCCUACUUGUCGAAGUUGAAGUGUUUCGUUCACCAUUGUUGAUACUUUGGCGGGAAAUGUAGUAGCGAUAUUUCUACCAGCAGCAUCAAUAUUUCUAAGCAUCUAACCAUUGUCCUUUGAAAGCCAAGGCAGUGUUUAUGGAGUGCCCCGUGGUUCCUCGAGUGCCAGCUGCAGAGAGGACUGCCAUCAACUAGGGCGCUACUGGCCAAUAACCACUUGUUCGCCAGCCGCUCGUGCUCCAAGUUUCAAGAUUAAAGUACGCAAUGGGUGAAGAGACCAAGCAGGGUACAUGACCCACUGAGAGUCUUGCAGGAAACCAAAUAUUCUAGUUCUGGGCUUCCCCAUUGCAAAUCCAUUGCGUCGGUGUUCCAUUCGAGCCACCCUGUUGAUGGAGUAGACUAGUGUACCUGCUUUCGGCCUCUUCAGGAGCAGACCACUCCUCGAUACCUUCAGUGGAUACGAGGAGUUCAAUGCUCAAGUAGGGUAAACCGGUUCCUUUAUCUUUGCCUUUAUCCAAACUGAUGAUUUGCAGAUGAUUGCAGCUAUCAUGUCCAUGUGCCGAAGUAUAGCUUCGCGUCAUUCUAGCUCGACCAGCUUGCAUCAUUCUCUGGUCAAAACGAUGUUCUAAAAAUCCCACCGUACCGGUUAGACGAACUGGUUUGAUUGGAAGAACUUUCAUUCAGUUCAUUUUCUUAAUCAAUUGUCCUA